AUGGGACAUCAGAUGUCUCUUUGUAAAGUGCAGGUGCGCAAGAGGCGGCAAGUGUUGGAGCGCAUCAUAGAUGUGGUGAAGCUCAUUGAAAAAAGAGGUUUGAGCUACAGGGGGUCACAGUCGGAGACAGCAUACAUGCUUGAUGAUGAUACAGUGGAUCAUGGCAACUUCUUGGAAAUUGUGUUGCUUUCAAAAUAUAAUGUUUGCCUCAAGGAACACCUCACUCUUUGCAUAGAAAAGAGUAAGAAAAUACACCAGUCUGGAUCCAGAGGUGGUAGAGGUUCUCUAGUUACUUUCCUGUCCAAAACUACCAUCAACAACAUCAUUACAACCAUCCAACACAUAAUGAAGGCCACCAUCACAAAACAAAUCCAGGAAUCUGGUAUGUUCUUUGUCCAGAUUGAUACCACACAGGACAUCACAGCCCAAGAUCAGUGCUCUGUCGUCAUAAGACAUGUAACAGACAUUGUUCAUGAGAGACUUUUUGCUCUAAUUAAAUGUGAGGCAUCCACUGGGCAGUACUUUGUCAAAGUUGUGAGUGAGGUGCUGGCAAACAUGAAUCUGGAUAUGAAGCAGUGUAUUGGAAACUCAACGGAUGGGGUCGCCAACAUGCAGGGCCCAUAUAAAGGCUUCUCCGCACUUCUCUCAGAAAAGUCCCCUCAUCAAAUCCAUGUGUGGGAGUCCUACCAGAGGAUGUCCAUUUGGGAGAAGGAGAGGAAGGACCCUAAACACAGACGUCUUGCUCCAAUUGGAGAGACACGCUGGUGGGCAAAAGACAGUGCUUUGACCAAGCAUCCGCCUCCAGCAUCCACCACCUCCAGCGUCCGCCGCGUCAUCCACCUCCAGCAUCCGCCGCCAUCAUCCACCUCCAUCGUCUGCCUCCAGCAUCCGCCGCCAUCAUCCGUCGCCCUGGCCCCUGAGUGGGCCAAAAAACCUAAACCUGAACUCAGAUCAGACCUUAAAGGAGCUGCACUGACAGGAAACUCAGUGACUCUGUACUGUACACUGAAGCUGCAGUCUGCUGGAUGGAAGAUUUACUGGAUCACACCCACACGGAGCUCUGAGACUGAGACUGAAUCACACAACUACACCAUCAGAUCAGUUCGAGUCUCUGAUGGAGAGAGUCCUAAACCUGUGGUGAUUAUAAAGCCUGAUAAGGAGGUGUUCAGAGGAGAGACAGUGACUUUCAGAUGUGAGAUACCGAGAGGAAGAGACACUGAGUGGACAUACAGCUGGAAGAGGAAUGAUUACACACGCUCAUACCGAACAACACGGGAGUUUAGUCUUUAUUCAGUAGAAAAUUAUCACAGCGGUAAAUACACCUGCAGUGGGAGGAGAAGUCACUCUCAGAGCUCAGAGACCAGUGAUGCUGUUACACUGACUGUAUCAGAAAAACCUAAACCUGAACUCAGAUCAGACCUUAAAGGAGCUGCACUGACAGGAAACUCAGUGACUCUGUACUGUACACUGAAGCCGCAGUCUGCUGGAUGGAAGUUUUACUGGAUCACAUCCACACAGAGCUCUGAGACUGAAUCACACGACUACACCAUCAGAUCAGUUCGAGUCUCUGAUGGAGGUCAGUACUGGUGCAGAGCUGAAAGAGGAGACCCAGUCUACUACACACACUACAGUGAUGCACUCUGGGUAAAUGUUAUUGAGAGUCCUAAACCUGUGGUGAUUAUAAAGCCUGAUAAGGAGGUGUUCAGAGGAGAGAGAGUGACUUUCAGAUGUGAGAUACAGAGAGGAAGAGACACUGAGUGGACAUACAGCUGGAAGAGGAAUGAUUACACACACUCAUCCAGAACAACACAGGAGUUUAGUCUUUAUUCAGCAGGAAAUGAUGUCAGCGGUAAAUACACUUGCAGUGGGAGGAGAAGUGACUCUCAGAGCUCAGAGACCAGUGAUGCUGUUACACUGACUGUAUCAGAAAAACCUAAACCUGAACUCAGAUCAGGCCUUAAAGGAGCUGCACUGACAGGAAACUCAGUGACUCUGUACUGUACACUGAAGCUGCAGUCUGCUGGAUGGAAGUUUUACUGGAUCACAUCCACACAGAGCUCUGAGACUGAAUCACAUGACUACACCAUCAGAUCAGUUCGAGUCUCUGAUGGAGGUCCGUACAAGUGCAGAGCUGGAAGAGGAAACCCAGUCUACUACACACACUACAGUGAUGCACUCUGGGUAAAUGUUAUUGAGAGUCCUAAACCUGUGGUGAUUAUAAAGCCUGAUAAGGAGGUGUUCAGAGGAGAGAGAGUGACUUUCAGAUGUGAGAUACCGAGAGGAAGAGACACUGAGUGGACAUACAGCUGGAAGAGGAAUGAUUACACACUCUUAUCCCGAACAACACAGGAGUUUAGUCUUGAUUCAGGGAGAAAUGAUGACAGCGGUAAAUACACCUGCAGUGGGAGGAGAAGUGACUCUCAGCGCUCAGAGACCAGUGAUGCUGUUACACUGACUGUAUCAGAAAAACCUAAACCUGAACUCACAUCAGACCUUAAAGGAGCUGCACUGACAGGAAUCCCAGUGACUCUGUACUGUACACUGAAGCCACAGUCUGCUGGAUGGAAGUUUUACUGGAGCACAUCAACACAGAGCUCUGAGACUGAAACAGAAUCAGGCCACUAUGUCAUCAGACCAGUUCGUGUCUCUGAUGGAGGCCAGUACUGGUGCCGAGCUGGAAGAGGAAACCCAGUCUACUACACACACUACAGUGAUGCACUCUGGGUAAAGGUUACUGGAGCGCUAAAGGCCACACUCACACUGCAGCCUGGUGGGACAGAAGUAUUCAGAGGAGAGAAUGUCACCCUUAAAUGUGAAAUAGAGGGAGAAGACAAGUGGACUUACAUCUGGUUCAAGAAUGGAGCUGAAAUUUCGACUAUAAAGACAAGUGAAUACACCUUUAUGGUGAAUGAUGAGGCUACAUUUACCUGCAUGGGAAACCGGAGUGUAGAUGGCCCACAGAGCACAGAAAAGAGUAAUCCUGUUCGCCUGUCUGUGUCAGAAAAACCCAAACCGACUGUGAGUGUGAAUCCUCAGAGCUCCAUCUACACUGGAGACACAGUUACUCUGAGCUGUAAUCUGCAGUCGACUGGAUGGAGGUUUCUCUGGUACACAGAUCCUCAGAAAUCAAACCCCCUGCCCCCUGGAGCCCGAGACACCAACACACGCAAUGAGACGCUCUCUAAUGAAGGACAAAUAAAUUACUACUGUAAAGCACAGAGGGGAAACUAUGACUCAGAGUUCAGUGAUCCAGUCACGAUUACAGUGAGCGUGAGACCAAAGCCGGAGGUGAACAUACAGCCAGCUGAGCAUGUGUUCACUGGAGAAUCCGUCACUCUCACAUGUGACCUACAGACUGGAGGAUCCUGGUGGUAUCACUGGUAUAGGGAUAAUAAACAACUCAGUGAUGCUGCAGGAGAGAAAACAUACACAAUCCAUAAUGUUGAAACCUCUCAUCAAGGUCUUUAUACAUGUGAAGGAACACGGUCAUCAGACCCAACAUACACACAGACCAGUGAUGCUGUUACACUGACUGUAUCAGAAAAACCUAAACCUGAACUCAGAUCAGACCUUAAAGGAGCUGCACUGACAGGAAACUCAGUGACUCUGUACUGUACACUGAAGCCGCAGUCUGCUGGAUGGAAGUUUUACUGGAGCACACCCACACAGAGCUCUGAGACUGAAUCACACGACUACACCAUCAGAUCAGUUCGAGUCUCUGAUGGAGGUCAGUACUGGUGCAGAGCUGGAAGAGGAAACCCAGUCUACUACACACACUACAGUGAUGCACUCUGGGUAAAUGUUACUGAGAGUCCUAAACCUGUGGUGAUUAUAAAGCCUGAUAAGGAGGUGUUCAGAGGAGAGAGAGUGACUUUCAGAUGUGAGAUACCGAGAGGAAGAGACACUGAGUGGACAUACAGCUGGAAGAGGAAUGAUUACACACUCUCAUACCGAACAACACAGGAGUUUAGUCUUUAUUCAGUAGGAAAUGAUGUCAGCGGUAAAUACACCUGCAGUGGGAGGAGAAGUGACUCUCAGAGCUCAGAGACCAGUGAUGCUGUUACACUGACUGUAUCAGAAAAACCCAAACUGACUGUGAGUGUGAAUCCUCAGAGCCCCAUCUACACUGGAGACACAGUUACUCUGAGCUGUAAUCUGCAGUCGACUGGAUGGAGGUUUCUCUGGUACAGAUAUUCUCAUAAAUCAAAUCCCCUGCCCCCUGGAGCCCGAGACACCAACACACGCAAUGAGACGCUCUCUAAUGAAGGACAAAUAAAUUACUACUGUAAAGCACAGAGGGGAAACUAUGACUCAGAGUUCAGUGAUCCAGUCAGGAUUACAGUGAGCACAAGACCAAAGCCAGAAGUGACAAUACAGCCAGCUGGGCGUGUGUUCAUUGGAGAAACCGUCACUUUCACAUGUGACAUACGGACUGGAGGAUCCUGGUCAUAUCACUGGUAUAGGGAUAAUACAAAACUCAGUGAUGCCUCAUGGACGAAUCAAUACACAAUCUAUCAGGUUAAAACCUCUGAUAAAGGUGGUUAUACAUGUAAAGGAACACAGUCAUCAGACCCAACAUACACACAGACCAGUGAUGCUGUUACACUGACUGUAUCAGAAAAACCUAAACCUGAACUCACAUCAGACCUUAAAGGAGCUGCACUGACAGGAAACUCAGUGACUCUGUACUGUACACUGAAGCCGCAGUCUGCUGGAUGGAAGUUUUACUGGAUCACACCCACACAGAGCUCUGAGACUGAGACUGAUUCACGCUACUACACCAUCAGAUCAGUGCGAGUCUCUGAUGGAGGUCAGUACAAGUGCAGAGCUGGAAGAGGAAACCCAGUCCGCUACACACACUACAGUGAUGCACUCUGGGUAAAUGUUACUGAGAGUCCUAAACCUGUGGUGAUUAUAAAGCCUGAUAAGGAGGUGUUCAGAGGAGAGAGAGUGACUUUCAGAUGUAAGAUACCGAGAGGAAGAGACACUGAGUGGACAUACAGCUGGAAGAGGAAUGAUUACACACACUCAUACCGAACAACACAGGAGUUUAGUCUUUAUUCAGUAGAAAAUUAUCACAGCGGUAAAUACACCUGCAGUGGGAGGAGAAGUGACUCUCAGAGCUCAGAGACCAGUGAUGCUGUUACACUGACUGUAUCAGAAAAACCCAAACCGACUGUGAGUGUGAAUCCUCAGACCUCCAUCUACACUGGAGACACAGUUACUCUGAGCUGUAAUCUGCAGUCGACUGGAUGGAGGUUUCUCUGGUACAGAUAUUCUCAGAAAUCAAAUCCCCUGUCCCCUGGAGCCCGAGACACCAACACACUCAAUGAGACGCUCUCUAACGAAGGACAAAUAAAUUACUACUGUAAAGCACAGAGGGGAAACUAUGACUCAGAGUUCAGUGAUCCAGUCACGAUUAUAGUGAGCAGUAUACCCAAGGCGAAGGUGAACAUACAGCCAGCUGGGCGUGUGUUCAUUGGAGAAUCCGUCACUCUCACAUGUGACAUACGGACUGGAGGAUCCUGGUCGUAUCACUGGUAUAGGGAUAAUAAACAACUCAGAGAUGCUGCAGGAGAGAAAACAUACACAAUCCGUAAUGUUGAAACCUCUCAUCAAGGUCUUUAUACAUGUGAAGGAACACAGUCAUCAGACCCAAAAUACACACAGACCAGUGAUGCUGUUACACUGACUGUAUCAGAAAAACCUAAACCUGAACUCACAUCAGACCUUAAAGGAGCUGCACUGACAGGAAACUCAGUGACUCUGUACUGUACACUGAAGCUGCAGUCUGCUGGAUGGAAGUUUUACUGGAUCACACCCACACGGAGCUCUGAGACUGAUUCACGCUACUACACCAUCAGAUCAGUUCGAGUCUCUGAUGGAGGUCGGUACAAGUGCAGAGCUGGAAGAGGAAACCCAGUCUACUACACACACUACAGUGAUGCACUCUGGGUAAAUGUUAUUGAGAGUCCUAAACCUGUGGUGAUUAUAAAGCCUGAUAAGGAGGUGUUCAGAGGAGAGAGAGUGACUUUCAGAUGUGAGAUACCGAGAGGAAGAGACACUGAGUGGACAUACAGCUGGAAGAGGAAUGAUUACACACGCUCAUCCCGAACAACACAGGAGUUUAGUCUUGAUUCAGUAGGAAAUGAUGUCAGCGGUAAAUACACCUGCAGUGGGAGGAGAAGUGACUCUCAGCGCUCAGAGACCAGUGAUGCUGUUACACUGACUGUAUCAGAAAAACCCAAACCGACUGUGAGUGUGAAUCCUCAGAGCUCCAUCUACACUGGAGACACAGUUACUCUGAGCUGUAAUCUGCAGACGACUGGAUGGAGAUUUCUCUGGUACACAGAUCCUCAGAAAUCAAAUCCCCUGUCCCCUGGAGCCCGAGACACCAACACACUCAGUGAGACGCUCUCUAAUGAAGGACAAAUAAAUUACUCCUGUAAAGCACAGAGGGGAAACUAUGACUCAGAGUUCAGUGAUCCAGUCACGAUUAUAGUGAGCGGUACACCAAAGCCGAAGGUGAACAUACAGCCAGCUGAGCAUGUGUUCACUGGAGAAUCCGUCACUCUCACAUGUGACCUACAGACUGGACGAUCCUGGUCAUAUCACUGGUACAGGGAUAAUAAAGAACUCAGUGAUGCUGCAGGAGAGAAAACAUACACAAUCCGUAAUGUUGAGACCUCUCAUCAAGGUCUUUAUACAUGUAAAGGAACACAGCCAUCAGACCCAAAAUACACACAGACCAGUGAUGCUGUUACACUGGCUGUAUCAGAAAAACCCAAACCGACUGUGAGUGUGAAUCCUCAGAGCUCCAUCUACACUGGAGACACAGUUACUCUGAGCUGUAAUCUGCAGUCGACUGGAUGGAGGUUUUUCUGGUACACAGAUCCUCAGAAAUCAAAUCCCCUGUCUGGAGCCCGAGACACCAACACUCUGUUUUUAACUUCAUAAAAUGAGACGCUCUCUAAUGAAGGACAAAUAAAUUACUCCUGUAAAGCACAGAGGGGAAACUAUGACUCAGAGUUCAGUGAUCCAGUCACGAUUACAGUGAGCGCGAGACCAAAGCCGAAGGUGAACAUACAGCCAGCUGAGCAUGUGUUCAUUGGAGAAUCCGUCACUCUCACAUGUGACAUACGGACUGGAGGAUCCUGGUGGUAUCACUGGUAUAGGGAUAAUAAACAACUCAGAGAUGCUGCAGAAAAGAAAACAUACACAAUCCAUAAUGUUGAAACCUCUCAUCAAGGUCUUUAUACAUGUAAAGGAACACAGUCAUCAGACCCAACAUACACACAGACCAGUGAUGCUGUUAUACUGACUGUAUCAGAAAAACCUAAACCUGAACUCAGAUCAGACCUUAAAGGAGCUGCACUGACAGGAAACUCAGUGACUCUGUACUGUACACUGAAGCUGCAGUCUGCUGGAUGGAAGUUUUACUGGAUCACAUCCACACAGAGAUCUGAGACUGAUUCACACGACUACACCAUUGGAUCAGUUCAAGUCUCUGAUGGAGGUCAGUACAAGUGCAGAGCUGGAAGAGGAAACCCAGUCUACUACACACACUACAGUGAUGCACUCUGGGUAAAUGUUAUUGAGAGACCUAAACCUGUGGUGAUUAUAAAGCCUGAUAAGGAGGUGUUCAGAGGAGAAAGAGUGACUUUCAGAUGUGAGAUACAGAGAGGAAGAGACACUGAGUGGACAUACAGCUGGAAGAGGAAUGAUUACACACGCUCAUACCGAACAACACAGGAGUUUAGUCUUUAUUCAGUAGGAAAUGCUGUCAGCGGUAAAUACACCUGCAGUGGGAGGAGAAGUGACUCUCAGAGCUCAGAGACCAGUGAUGCUGUUACACUGACUGUAUCAGAAAAACCCAAACCGACUGUGAGUGUGAAUCCUCAGAGCUCCAUCUACACUGGAGACACAGUUACUCUGAGCUGUAAUCUGCAGUCGACUGGAUGGACUUUUCUCUGGUACGAUUAUCAGCAAUCAGAAUAUCUGACACCUGAUGAUCCGCACAGUAACACACUCACUGGGACAGUGUCUAAUGCAGGACAAAUAAAGUACGACUGUAAAGCACAGAGGGGAAACUAUGACUCAGAGUUCAGUGAUCUAGUCAGGAUUACAGUGAGUGCAAGACCAAAGCCAGUCAUGACAAUACAGCCAGCUGGGCGUGUGUUCAUUGGAGAAACCGUCAUUUUCACAUGUAACAUACGGACUGGACGAUCCUGGUCAUAUCACUGGUAUAGGGAUAAUACAAAACUCAGUGAUGCCUCAUGGAAGAAUCAAAACACAAUCAAUACAGUUCAAACCUCUGAUAAAGGUGAUUAUACAUGUAAAGGAACACAGUCAUCAGACCCAGCAUACACACAGACCAGUGAUGCUGUUACACUGACUGUAUCAGAAAAACCUAAACCUGAACUCAGAUCAGACCUUAAAGGAGAUGCACUGACAGGAAACUCAGUGACUCUGUACUGUACACUGAAGCUGCAGUCUGCUGGAUGGAAGUUUUACUGGAUCACACCCACACAGAGAUCUGAGACUGAGACUGAAUCACGCUACUACACCAUCAGAUCAGUUCGAGUCUCUGAUGGCGGUCAGUACAAGUGCAGAGCUGGAAGAGGAAACCCAGUCCGCUACACACACUACAGUGAUGCACUCUGGGUAAAUGUUACUGAGAGACCUAAACCUGUGGUGAUUAUAAAGCCUGAUAAGGAGGUGUUCAGAGGAGAGAGAGUGACUUUCAGAUGUGAGAUACAGAGAGGAAGAGACACUGAGUGGACAUACAGCUGGAAGUGGAAUGAUUACACACUCUCAUACCGAACAACACAGGAGUUUAGUCUUUAUUCAGUAGGAAAUGAUGACAGCGGUAAAUACACCUGCAGUGGGAGGAGAAGUGCCUCUCAGAGCUCAGAGACCAGUGAUGCUGUUACACUGACUGUAUCAGAAAAACCUAAACCUGAACUCAGAUCAGACCUUAAAGGAGCUGCACUGACAGGAAACUCAGUGACUCUGUCCUGUACACUGAAGCUGCAGUCUGCUGGAUGGAAGUUUUACUGGAGCACACCCACACAGAGCUCUGAGACUGAGACUGAAUCACACGACUACACCAUCAGAUCAGUUCGAGUCUCUGAUGGAGGUCAGUACUGGUGCAGAGCUGAAAGAGGAAACCCAGUCUACUACACACACUACAGUGAUGCACUCUGGGUAAAUGUUAUUGAGAGUCCUAAACCUGUGGUGAUUAUAAAGCCUGAUAAGGAGGUGUUCAAUGGAGAGAGAGUGACUUUCAGAUGUGAGAUACAGAGAGGAAGAGACACUGAGUGGACAUACAGCUGGAAGAGGAAUGAUGAUACACUCUCAUACCGAACAACAAAGGAGUUUAGUCUUUAUUCAGUCGGAAAUGAUGACAGCGGUAAAUACACCUGCAGUGGGAGGAGAAGUGACUCUCAGAGCUCAGAGACCAGUGAUGCUGUUACACUGACUGUAUCAGAAAAACCUAAACCUGAACUCAUAUCAGACCUUAAAGGAGCUGUACUGACAGGAAUCCCAGUGACACUGUACUGUACACUGAAGCCACAGUCUGCUGGAUGGAAGUUUUACUGGAGCACAUCAACACAGAGCUCUGAGACUGAAACAGAAUCAGGCCACUAUGUCAUCAGACCAGUUCGUGUCUCUGAUGGAGGCCAGUACUGGUGCCGAGCUGGAAGAGGAAACCCAGUCUACUACACACACUACAGUGAUGCACUCUGGGUAAAGGUUACUGGUGAAUCAGCUCCAGUGUCUCUGAUCAUCAGUCCCAGCAGAACUCAACACUUCACUGCUGACUCUCUCUCACUGAGCUGUGAGGACCAGAGUGACUCUACUGGAUGGACAGUGAGACGAUACACACACAAUGAGACACCGUUCAAUUGUUCAUCAUAUUCAGGAUCUACAUGUAACAUCAGCUCCCUCUCUACAUCACACACUGGAGUUUACUGGUGUCAGUCUGAAUCUGGAGGACACAGUAAUCCUGUCAACAUCACAGUGCACUAUGGUGACGUGAUCCUGGACAGUCCUGUCCAUCCUGUUACUGAGGGACGUCCUCUGACUUUACGCUGUUUGUAUCGCAACACAAAGAUCUCAGAGUCUGGUGUUGAUUUCUAUAAAAAUGAUUCAGUUCUCCAGAACCAGACUACAGGAGAGAUGACCAUCAGGAGUGUCUCAAAGUCAGAUGAAGGUUUCUACCACUGUAAACACCCACAGAGAGGAGAGUCACCAAAAAGCUGGGUUUCAGUCAGAGUUUCAGCUCCUAGAUCCACUGGACUAAUUUUAGGACUGAGCUUGGCCUUCGUGUUUGCCAUCUUAAUGAUCUUACUGAUCCUUCUGUUACGUUCCAAGAAAAAAAAAGGUGUAGAAUAUCAGUCUCAGUCUUCUGCAGUAAAUCAGGACACCAAUCAGCUUGCAGAUGGUGAAAAUGUCUAUGAAAAUGCUGCUACCAGAACCACAGCUGAUUCUGCAGCUGGCUCCAGUAAUACAGUCAACCCACAGGUUGUGACUAGAAAAAAGAAACAAAAUGAUCAUGCAGCCAGAGGGGCAGAUGAUGUGAUGUAUUCCAAAAUUGAAAUGAAAAAGGUUAAAUUUCACAGUGAAAAUGUCUCUGCAUUGAGACCAAGUGAUGUGGUUUACUCCCCAAUUAAAUUUGCAAACAUGAAAUCCAAGGAUGCUGCCACCAACCCAGGUGAUGUGACGUAUGCUGAAAUUGAGGUGAAAAAACAAAAGAAGCCAAAGCGAAAAGAAGGAAAGAGUGUUGAGGGAGCUGACACUGUGUACUCAGAACUGAAGCAGAACAUGGAUAACGGGGAUUUCACUGAAACGGCUGAUGCGACCUAUGCCCAGGUCAGAAAAAAGGGCAAAAGGGAUAAUCCAGGGGAUUUCACUGAAAUGGCUGAUGCGACCUAUGCCCAGGUCAGAAAAAAGGGCAAAAGGGAUAAUCCAGGUUCAUGAAGAAAAACCAACAUGUCCAAUCAGGGUUUGUUGAAACAGCGAACUAACAUGGUGAAACAAACAUGGUGAAAAACAAACAAAAUUACAGGUGCAGUGUAGUUUUU